GCACGCGUAUCGACAUCAGAUUCAUCCGGUGGAAAGAUUAAGGGAAUACCCGACUGUCAGCAGCCGUGGUACCGCGGAUUUCAUGAUUCUCGUUUGACAACGACGACGCGACAGCAGGCCACCCCGGCACCGGUGAGCUCUAUGACCAUGCUUCAGUCGCAAAAGCUGUAUGGCGAUGCGGGUGCCAUGACCAGUGCCGCAAUGUCCAGUAUGGGCAGCAUGGCGCCCACGUACAGCUCGAUAAACUCAAUGGGAUGCGUGCCGAUGGGUAUGUCGAUGGGAGUCGGAGUCGGGCCCAGCUGCAGUCCUCAGGGCGCUGGAGGUUUUAACAUGAGUACCAUGAGUUCAGCAAUGGGAAUGGCGUCGAUGGGAGGCGGCGGGAUGAGCGGUUACAGCGGUGCUUCCAUGGGCGCCGGCGGUGCCUGUAUGAGUGCCGUCGGAUACGGUCCGUUGACUCCCGGCGGAGGUACCGGCGUCAGCCGGGAUCCUCUCGCUCUAACAGAACCGGACUCGCCGAAUUCAGCUCUACAGCGUGCCCGCAGCGACAAGUCCUAUAGACGUAGUUACACUCACGCGAAGCCACCGUAUUCCUAUAUUAGCCUGAUCACCAUGGCGAUACAGAAUGCGCCUCACAAGAUGUUGACUCUCUCGGAGAUUUAUCAAUUCAUCAUGGAUCUGUUCCCAUUUUACAGACAGAAUCAGCAGCGCUGGCAAAACUCUAUUAGGCAUUCCUUAAGCUUUAACGAUUGUUUUGUCAAGGUGCCACGUACACCGGAUAAACCUGGCAAAGGAUCAUUUUGGACGCUGCAUCCUGACAGCGGCAAUAUGUUUGAGAAUGGUUGUUAUUUACGGCGUCAAAAGAGGUUCAAGGACGAGAAAAAAGAGCUGACCAGACAAAGCAACAAACACCAGCAACAUCAGCAGCAUCAAGCGACAGCUACGGUAGCGGUGGCAGCUGGCGCGACCAUCGCCGGCCAACACAGUCCAUCCACUCACGAAGUCGCGCCCGGUUCCAAGAAGACCGGUUCAUCCAUCCACCAUGGCGGCCCUCAGCCGCAAGACGAUAAAGAUUUGCACUCGUUGGUGUCUUCGCACCAUCACCAUCACACGAGUCUGCAUCAGCAUCACACCGCUCUGAAGAGUGACACAGACAUUGGUGGUCUUCUCGGACCCGAUCUCAGCGCUGCACACGACGAACUCACAGCAAUGGUCAGCCGCGGUAUUCAUCCGCAACUAUUGUCCGAUACCGCGAGCCUGCAUCACGGCAUGACAGGCAGUCUGAAGCAGGAACCGCUUUAUGGAACGGCAGCCAAUCAUCCGUUUAGCAUCAACAGGUUAUUGCCGCGCGAUACGGCGGGCACUUCUCCCGGUGCUCAGGACACCAAGCCGCCCGAGAUGAAGAUGUACGAGCAGCUGCAUCAGAGCUACGCUAACUUUGGCUCGCCGCAUCAUCCGCACGCGCAUUCAGCGCCGCCCAGCCAUCAUCAUCACAACGGCAUGCACGCCGGUACAAACGCCGCCGGGCCAAUGCACAUGACGAAUCAUCAUCAUCAGGAGUAUUAUCAGAGUCCGCUUUAUCAUCACGCGACAAGCGUGGCCACCACCAGCGCUCCUCCGCCACCCGCUGUCGCCACCGCGGCACCGGGCUUGUGACAUCACGCUACCCACCCUUACGCUUUGGCCUGAGUCGCUGCCGCCGCGGCUUAUGUCGCGACCGCUGCCGCACCGAUACCAACACCGAUGCCGGAUCUGCCCGCGAUCACGGCGUCCGCGACCAACGCGGCGCCGACGUCGCCUGCGACAUCCUCGACCUUCUCGUCACCGCCACGAGCACAGCCACGUCGACGAACACGUCGUACUGACAACACUGAUGAUGACGCCGUCGACGCUGUUGUCUGUUGGCCACCCGAUGAUGACGAUGAGUACGACGACGA